AUUACAUCAGUCGUAUUACUAAUGUCGUUGUCGUGCGUUCAUGUCCUGUUAACGGGUAAUUCGUAGCGCAUACGUAACAAAAAACAAGGAAUAUUUUAUACAAGUAAAAGAAAACUAAAUGUUAAAUAAAUGAAAACAAACACAAAUUGUUAUAAAAAUAUUUUCAAAUAAAACCCAGAAAGUUAAAUAAUAAAUAAGUGUGUGCUAUAAAAAAAAUCACAAGAAUUUUAAGAUUUCAAGGAUAUAUUUUAAGUGGCAACAUUAAAUUGUAAGCAAAAAUCUAUAUUAAAUUAAAUAUUGUAGAAAAAUACGAAAUGUUAUUGUAUAGUGAAACUUACAACGUGUUGGAUUAAAAUUUUUGGGGAAAAUAUGUAUAAAUAAUCGCUAGCAAACAACAACAAUAAAAUUAAGUUUUAUAUAAAAAUACAUUAAUUUAAUAACACAAAAAAAUAUUAAAGUAAAGAAAAUUUAAUAAAUUAAGUGAAAUCUCAUAUAAAUCUUUACAUACAACUAACUUAAAAAAAAGUAAUUAAAAAUUUAAACAAGAAAUUUCUUAUUAAAAUUACUUCUUUAGCAUCUAAAUUAUAUAUUCAAAUAAUAAAUAAGAUAGUGUUUAUAAGUGUGUGUGUUUAUAAUUAAGCCAUUUAUUACAAUUACAAAUUAAGCCAUAAUUCCCAUUUUUGCCACAUUCUCAUGAAUUAUUAAGGAUAUUAAUUAAGGAUACAUUUUACUUACUCAUCUAAUAAUAUUUCAAUGUUCAAAACACUUAACUGAAAAAACUAUAAUCUUCCAAAUGCAUGCAUGAUAUGAAAACCUCAUAAAGUCAGACAAACAAAUGCUAAGAUUUGGCACUACAACAAAAAUAACAAAAGCUAAACUACCAAAUGAGAAGAGAACAAAUUUAAUGGAAGAAACGUACAAUAAACAAAUGAACCAUAACAAUAAAUUUUCAAAGUCCUUUGAGGAACAAAAGAAGAGCGUUAAAAAUAAAAACAACAGCAUUAACAAAAUGUAAACACUAUAAAUAAAAUAAAACGAAUGUUUUGAGCACAAACACAGACAAAAGACAAAGGAAGAAUCUCAUACCAUAGAAAUAGAUGAGAUAUAGAGGAAAAGAGAUAACAAUGACAAAGUGGAAAGUAAUACAAAAGUCAAAACGAACGAAUGAAAAACAAUAGAAAAUGAUGCCUUUAACCAACAAAAAACAAAACUUACAAAAGAUUUUUGAAAUAUUAAGAAAAGCAGUGUUAACAGUAGGUCGGUAAAGGCCUGAUCCAACAACAACAACAUAAUAAUAUUUAUUGAUAAUCUGUGAAACGCGCUUCAAAAACUUUUCUUUAUAUAUAAAAAAAUAUAUUUUGGCUUCUUUCUAAAGCAAAUGAGCGUUGAAGUGUUGGCGUUAAGAAAUAACGAAAUAGUCAUAAUAUUUAGAAGACAACAAACAACAGCAACUAUAAAUACAAUAAAAACAUUUAAAUGAGGUCAUAACUGUAAAUACUGCUAACAAAAUGACUAAAACGGAAACGGAAAAUAGAAUUGUCAUAAAAAAUAUACACAGCAAUUGAAACGAAGAAAGUGUGGUUGUGCGGGCAGAACGAGAGUAAGAGAGAAAGUGACAAAGAGAAAAAUAUUAAGUUUCAAAUAAACUACAAAAAAAAUCCUUUACUUAAUGAUGAAUAAUAUGAAAACUAUAAACAACUACUAAAAAAAGACAAACAGCAACAAAGCUGUUGUUUUUUUUUUCAAAAGGACAAAUCUGAAGCAUUUUAUAAAUCAACAAAAUAAACGAAAUAAAAUAGUCAUAUAACAAAUUUCUGUCCGUCCGUUUUAAUAAAAAAUACCAUCAACAAAACAAAAAUAUUUUAUAGCAAAACGAAAAAGAAAAAACUCACCAAACUCAAGUGAAAUCAUAAAAAUUCAAACAAGAAAAAAGAAUUUAACUUGAAGUUAAAAAAUAAACAAAUAUAGUCAUAAAAAUUUCCGUAAUUUCUCCUAGCAAAACAACACAAUCUUUUUAUGCAUAAUUCUCAGACAAAAUGGCGUCUUUAAGACAUAAAAAAUUGGAGUGUGUCAUCUCGUAAAAAAUAAAAAUCAAAAACAUAAACUUCUUUUUUUAUAUAGAAAAUCAUAUCUUUUAACGAAACAAAAUAAUAAGCAAAUUAAAUCAAAAAUAUAUUAAUAAUAUACAAAUAAAAAUUACCAACAAUUUCGUAUACAUAUAAUUUAUAAAAACAUAAUUUUAUAGUUUAGUUUAUAGUUUUUUCGCCGGUUUUUACACUGGCUUUUAAAUUAAUGAUCUUAGAAUUUUAUGUGAUGUAAAAUUGUGUAUUUGAUUAAAAAAAAGAAAAAUGAAAAAAGAACUAGGUCAUUGAAACAAUACUUACAUUAUUAUUACAAAGCAUUGUAACUAACAUCAAUUGUUAACAACACUCACCAGCAAACAAACAAUACAAACGCGAAAAUCUAAAAUAGAAAUAUUAUAAAAAAAUAAAAAUAACAAUAAUAAAAAAACAAAAUGUUUCAAAUUUAUAAAAGUCAUCAUAAAAGGGUAAAUUUAAAAAACAUCAAAAUGCAUUUGCAGCAAAUGCAUUUAUGGCAUUAUAUUGUGGCAGCUGUAUUCUAUAUGAGUAUGGCAACCAGUCAUGCCGAUGUCAUCAGAAAUUUUGAUUUAGCAUCACCACCACAAUACACAAACAGUAAUGGCAAUAGUGGCGGUGGUGGCUCCGGCAGCAGUGGUAGUAAUGGUGCCAGCAGCAGCAGUAGUAGUGGCAAUAUCAGUGGUGGUAGUAGUAUAAGUAAUAUUAAUUCAGUGUCUCCAUCGUUACAAUCUUCCUCGGCUACAUUAUAUACGUCGUCUUCGAUAACGUCGGCGUUAGUACAAGCAGAGGCGCCGUCAUUAGAAACAUUUGUGUCAGCAGCAUCAACAUCAGCAUUUGUGGAACCGUAUUUGGAUGGUUAUGCCACAACAAAUGUAACAACACAAAUUGGUACACACGCAUAUCUGCCAUGUCGGGUGAAACAACUGGGAAAUAAGUCUGUGUCAUGGAUACGUGUACGAGAUGGUCACAUACUCACUGUUGACAGAGCCGUUUUUAUUGCAGACCAAAGAUUUUUGGCUUUAAAACAACCCGAUAAAUUUUGGACAUUACAAAUAAAAUAUGUGCAGGCUCGUGAUGCUGGUGCAUAUGAAUGCCAAGUGUCAACAGAACCAAAAGUUAGCGCUCGAGUGCAUUUACAAGUUGUUGUUCCUCGUACAGAAAUACUGGGUGAUCCAGAUCGUUAUGUUAAAGCCGGUAGUAGGGUUAAUUUACGCUGCGUUGUACGUGGUGCUUUAGAACCACCCACAUUUAUUAUGUGGUACCAUGGUACCGAACAACUAUCAGCCGAAUCCCGACGUCAUAUAACACAAAUCGAUAGAAAUUUACCAGAAGCUGAGGGAGAUCCACACAGUACGAUCGGUUCAUUAAUCAUUGAAUCAGCAAAAAAACGUGAUACUGGCAAUUACACAUGUAGCCCGUCAAAUAGCCCCAGUGUGACUGUGACGUUAAAUGUUAUAAAUGGUGAAUCCUCAGCAUCAGCAGUUACUUCAUCAGCACCCGUUACCACAAAAACCUACUCAGCAUGCAGUCUGGUUUUAAUAUUCAGUUUAAUUAUGAUUGGUGGCCAUAGGACAUGACAUGCUUAGAUAGUACGUAACCACAACAUAUACUUAUACAAAUAAAAAAAAACAGCAAAAAUAA